UUCUCCACCUUUAUCUUCAUUCAAGUCAAUUCAAGUUGUGGUGGGUUUCGUUCUGAAUAAUAAUUCUAUUAAAUUGAAGAAUUCAAGUUUGUCUAAUACUUGAUGACAGUACAGAAAUUGUACCAAUUUUAAUCCAUCUUGGUAGAGGUUUGUCGUGUCGUGCUUAGGAGAUCAAAAAGUGAACUGAAGGAAAAUCAAUACAAUGCGUCUGAUUUGUACUGUAUGUUUAGUGAAUCGCAGUUUCGCCAAUGCUCCGGUAACGUUGAAAAGAAAACAUGUUAAAUCCACUCUGGCUUUAUGUAAGCACCCAAAGUCUGGGGAGUUCUGUUUUAUUCUAUUCUCAGCGCAAAAUAAGAAUGGUACAAAAUACGAUAUCAAGAACAACAUUCUCAAGGUGCUAAAUAGAUUUGUGUCAGAAGGCAAAGUGACAAUACAGUUGAAGAAACCAGAGCAUGAUCUCUGCAUACAGGCAGAGACAAUCCAGAUAAAGAGUUUCCUUCUGCUUUUGAAGAAAGUGCUUGAGAACAAAGUGAGUGCUCAGGAGUUUAUGAUAUCUAGUAUGUCAGUGACGGCAAUCAAUGCAAAUGAUGUAGCUCCAAAGAAACUUGUUGUGAUGAAAUCAUCAGAUUAUGCAUCAAAAGGUCUACCAAGGAGUCUGGAGAUAUUACAUAUGAGUGGGCUAAAAAGAUGUAGCCUGAACCGCAGUGUACUGCUAUUGGUUAGACUGAGGACUCUAGAUAUAAGUGAUAAUUUAAUUGAGUUUCUGCCAGAGGAAAUCAACAAGCUAUCCAAUUUGCAGGAGUUGAACCUCAAUUCUAAUGAAUUUGGUAAAUCUGCGCCAAGGAAAUGGGACUGGAUGGGAGGUAACCUUUCAAAAUCACUGAAAUGCCUCAAACUUUGUAACAACCAUAUGAAAUAUGUUCCAAAUCAAAUAGUUAAAUUAUAUUCUUUAGUAUCAUUAAGUUUAGAUAAUAAUGAAUUAACUGUAUUGCCAUCUGGUAUUGGAAACUUAAGGAGUCUACGAAUUUUGACUGCUGGUAGCAAUCAGUUAUCAUCUUUGCCAGGCAGUGUGAAGAAAUGGAGGUUGGAGGAGCUGGACCUAUCCCACAAUAAUUUCCAUGAUGCUGAACAGAAUAAUCCAGCUGCUAUAUUCCCAAAGCCCUUGCCAGUUUGUACAUUAAAGGAAUAUGCUGCCAAAAGAGUUUUAUUUGCCAGGCUUAGUUAUAACUGUGAAACACUGCCUUUGACUGUUAUAAAGUGGCUUGACUUGGCAAAGUACUGUGUAUGUGGUAAAGCGUGUUUCGAUCAGUUCAUUAAACACCCACAUAUGCUCUCCCUGAGUAGUGUAUCAAAAAAUAUAAGUGUCUCUGCUGCUGGAAUUUUCUAUGUACCUAUGGAAUGCUACCUGUGUUCUAUCAAAUGCUUCUCGUCAGCUAAUUAUAAUCGAGGAAGACAACCUAUCGUUCGAUAGGACGCGGUAGACUAUAGUUAAUUAUUAUUAACAUUGUGAUUGAGUUUACAGAAUAAAUUAAUUACAGCAGUGGACAAUCAAAAUGUUUUAUGCUAACCAUAAACUGAAAAAAUACUUCAUCUGUUUGCUUUUCUUUAAUUAAAUUAUUUAUACAGAAAAUCUUUUAUUUAUACCGUGAUCGAAAUCUCUAGAUCAUCAACACUAUUUAGUUAUUUUUUUUAUAUAACUAAUCAUUCGAAUUUAUUGUUAUAUACCUCGUGUAUCAUUGUUAUUAACCAUUUAAUCACAUUUGAAGCUUACACUUUUAUUCUCAAGUCAUCUUUAUAAAUCGACUACACAUUGUAUAAUUUUAUAUUUAUAAUCAAUAAAACUGAUAAAUC